AUGGCGAACAACAAAUCAAUAACAUCUGUUCAAACCAAUGUACAGGCUAAUGCUAAACAAAUAUCAAGUUUUUCUAAGGAUACAAUUGCAAAUCAGCGUAUGAACAUGCAAAGAAUGCAAAAUGUCCUCCUUAUUUGGUUGAACAGCAAUAUUAAUGAAUGUAAUGCCGAUUGUAAUAAUACAAUCAAACAAUUGAAACAUGUAGUUAACAACGUAAACAUAUUUACAGAUGGUAAAGAAUGUGCGGAAUUUAUCAAAACUAUUAACAACAACAAAGUAUGUAUGAUUGUUUCUGAUUCACUUGAGAAACAUAUUGUGCCUCAUGUGCAUGAUAUGUCCCAAGUAGAUACCAUUUUUAUUUAUUGUAACGGUCAAGAAUGGCAUAAACAAUGGGUCAAAGAAUGGCCUAAAAUAAAAGGAGUCUUCACAGAUAUAACAUCGAUCUGUGAAGCUAUAAAGCAAGCUGCUCACCAAUGUGAGCAAAAUGCUAUCUCAAUCAGCUUUGUGGCGUCAAACAAGAAGCUGGAUCAAUUAGAUCCAACCUUUAUAUAUACUCAGAUCUUGAAAGAGAUCUUAUUAACCAUCAACUUCGACGAUGAACAUAGGAAAGAAUUUAUUAAUUAUUGUCGUGAUAUAUAUGAUGAUGACGAAAAUGAAUUACAAAAUAUUAAUCAAUUACAAACAACAUACAAAAACAACAUACCCAUUUGGUGGUAUACAAGGAAUGCAUUUUUAUAUUCGAUGUUGAAUCAAGCAUUAAGAUUAAUGGAUGUUGAUAUGAUUAUUCGAAUGGGUUUUUUUAUUAAUGACCUACAUUGUGAUAUUCAACGACUACAUUCAGAACAAUUUAACGACCAUCAAUUAGGUACAACAUUUACAGUUUAUCGUGGACAAGGUCUUUCAAAAGAAGAUUUCACCGAAAUGACAAAAGCUAAAGGUAGACUCCUUUCAUUCAAUAGUUUUUUAUCAACUAAUAAAAAUCGGGAUGUUUCUCUUAAUUUCGCCCGACAAGCUGCUACAGAUCCUGAUCUUGUUGGAAUUCUAUUUGUUAUGUCAAUUAAUUCUGCGUGCUCAAUAACUCCAUUUGCUUGUGUUAGUGAUAUUAGUUAUUUUCAUACGGAAGACGAAGUCCUUUUCUCUAUGCAUACUAUUUUUCGCAUUGGAGAUAUUAAACUACUGAAUGGAAACAAUCAUCUCUAUAAAGUAAUUUAA